CCAGAGGUUAGCAAAUAGACUGGUUCAAUUGGAAGGGGCCUACAAAGCAUCAGGGACAACCCUGUCCAGGCCAGGAGAAGCAGCAAAGGAUGAAACCCUGGGGCACCUGCUGGCUGUUCUGCACCACACUGCACGAGGAGCUCAGCACGCAGCAGGAGCUGCCACCCCCAGCAAUAGCACCGCUGCUCCUUGGCUGCAAGCAUGCAGGAGGAAGGCUGGGGAGCAAAAAGAGCUGGUGAGGGGCACGGUGAGAAGGAAACCUGCUGUGCCAGCAGUGCCAUCCCCUCUGCCCCAGCCAGAUGUUUCUGUUGCUUUGUGUGGGUUUGAGUCUGCACAGCUGGCAGCAGCCAUGGCAGAGCUGGCAUCAGCAUUGCAGACUGGGGGUGCAAAAAGGGAGAAUGGCAUCCUUGAUCAGUUGAAGAAUGGAUUCGGUGACGUCUUUAAGGAGUGUUCUUGAAGAAGCCAUGCUAAAAAUCACACUGAAGCUUCGAAACUCCAAACCUGCUGCGAAAUGAUGAUGAAGGUUGCUCAGUGGGCUUCUCCAGACUGCAGGGGUGCCUAUGGGCGUGCAGGAUGACAAGGCAGUCACAUGUGGAGUAUCAGCAGUUACACACAACGUUCUGUGCAAAUGUGACGAGAAUAAAUUGGCUCCAGCAAUUCUUCUUUCUCUUCUUCUUUACUUUUAGGCGGACAUAUUUUCAUUUCUGAUCACUGGAAAGCAAGUUUGUACUGGUGCUAUUUUUAUUUCCUGCUGCUGGUUGCCAGAUUUGUGGCGCUGUAUAUUAUGUCUGUUUUCUUUCUGCUGGUUUCAGUAAAAUUCCUAGAAAGCUUCUGUCAGCUAUUGCUCUUCCUUGAAGCUCAGCCCUCUGCACGGGUUCAGGGCUGGAGAUGGGAGCUCACUUUCCUUUUGGCAUAAGGGCACUUUUAAACUCAAUCUGUUCAGCUGUGUGGUUUUGAGUUCAGUAUCCAGGACAUCCUCCUCCAUCCUUUUUGGUCAUUAGAAUGGAUUCAUGCCGUGAUUCUGUUUAAAGUUUGUUGUAUUUGGUUAAAAUAUUUCCUUAAACCUUUUUUUCCUUCUGCCCAGUGGAAGUUAGCAGUCCGUGUUCCUGCUGUGGGUCGCCAAGGCUGCGGAGCAGGGAAGCCAGGAGCAGUGAAUGCAUUUUGAAUACAGAACCAAUGGUCUGCGGUGCCUGGGCCAACGGUUGGAUCACUGCCUUCAGAGAACCAAAUGUGCCCUUUUAUUUUUUCAGAGUGUUUCAGUGGGGAUCCAUAAAGGCAGCGUCAGAUCAGUUCUAAACCAAGGAGGUCAUUGUGGGAACGUCGCAGCCAGAUGCUCCUUCAUGGUUCUGUUGAAAUCCAUUUUUGUUUUGAUUUGACGUGAAAAGCUUCAGCAGGACUGAAUGAACAUCAGCCUUUAAAAGGGUACGGAGGGGCUGCAGCUCCUCGGGGAGAGCGCUGGGGCUGAGCAGCACUGCUGGGAUUGAGAGCUGCAUCCAGCGUCUGAUCGAAGGCUCCCGGCACCAUGAGCACAGCUGAGGAUGCAGCGUGGCUGAGCUGGGUGACGGAGCGGUUCCAGAGCAUCGCAGGGCAGGGUGAGGAAAUCGGCCUGGAGGAGUUCAAGGCGGCCCUUCAGGUGAAGGAGUCCUUCUUUGCUGAGCGUUUCUUCGCGCUGUUUGACGUGGAUGGCAGUGGUACCAUCAGCCUGGGGGAGCUGCACAGCGCCCUGAGACUGCUGCUGCACGGCACUGCUGCCGACAAGCUGCGCUUCCUCUUCCAAGUCUACGACGUCGAUGGCAGCGGCUCCAUCGACGCGGCCGAGCUGCUCCUGGUGCUGCAGGCCUGCCUGCGUGAGAGCGAGAUCUCACUGCCACCACAGCGCCUGCACGACAUGGCCGGGGUGCUGCUCGAGGCGGCCGACAAGGAUGGCAAUGGCUCCAUCACCUUCCAGGAGCUGCAGCAGCAGCUGGAGGCCUUCCCGGGGCUGAUGGAGAGCCUGACCAUCAGUGCUGCCAGCUGGCUGAAGCCCCCAGCACCGACACGGCAAAGCCGGCGGCCGCGCUGCCUGACUUCGUGGUACUGGCACAACCGCCGUGCCCAGCUCGCCUUCCUCGGGGGCUACGUCAGCCUCAACCUGCUGCUCUUCAUCCUGGCUGCCCUGCAGCACGUCAGCCGCAGCGGGUGGGUGGCGGUGGCCAGGGGCUGCGGGCAGUGCCUCAACUUCAACUGCGCCUUCAUCGCCGUGCCGAUGCUGCGGCGCUGCCUGACCCGGCUGCGUGCCACCGCCGCGGGCAGAGCGCUGCCCCUGGAGCGCUGCGUGAGCCUCCAUCAGCUGCUGGGGAGCGCCGUGCUGGCGCUGGCCGUGCUGCACACCGGAGCGCACGUGGCCAACUUCGGCAGGCUGGCACAGGCUGGGCACGGUGCCCUCUCCGAGUUCCUGCUGAUGGCACAUCCCGGUGGUGGGGGGCUCGGUGGCACAGCCCCACAGACCGGGCUGGCCCUGCAGGUGCUGCUGUUUGCCAUGCUCACCUUCUCCAGCCCCUGCAUCCGCCGUGGUGGGCACUUCGAGCUUUUCUACUGGAGCCACCUCUCCUACAUCAUCAUCUGGGCUCUGCUCUUCUUCCAUGCUCCCAACUUCUGGAAGUGGUUUUUGGUUCCCGGGGGCCUCUUUGUGCUGGAGAAGGCAGUGGGCACAGCUGUGUCUCGUGCCAUGGGGCUGCGCAUCGUGGAGGUCCACCUGCUGCCUUCCCAGGUCACCCACCUGGUGAUCCAGCGGCCACACUCCUUCCGCUACGAGCCCGGGGACUACGUCUACCUGAACAUCCCAGCCAUUGCUGCCUAUGAAUGGCACCCAUUCAGCAUCAGCAGUGCUCCUGAGCAGCAAGACACCAUCUGGCUGCACAUCCGCUCUCUGGGGCAGUGGACCACACGGCUCUAUGAGUUUUUCAGGCAGCCAGAGCUCCUGCAGCUCCACGGGAGCCUGGAAAGGAAGAGGUGGUGGCAGCGGGUGCAG